AUGACGCCGUCGUCGGCCAACACAUACCACCACCAGUCUGCCCAGGUGCGCGGUGCUACCAGCUCCUCUUCGUCGACGUACUCCAGUUCCCCUCGGACGUCUUCCCCGUCGUCCGCUCAGAAGCAGAAGAUGGCCCACGGGCGCCGUCCUAGCCUUCUCAGCUCCGCCUUGUCGAAGCAGGAAAGCACCGUUAUCAACAUCGGUGAGCCAAACGGCACCCCGCGCCUGAUCACCUACCUCUCCUCGAGCCAAGGCUUUGCGUGGAACCCAGAGAUCUUCCUGCCAUCCUAUGUGGACUGCGACUACGUCCCCCUCGAGAACCGCCGGGAGCCUGUACACGAGAUCGUCCUCAGCGACGAAGAGAUCAACAAUAUGUUCCCUCAAUAA